GACGACCGAAGGCGACUUUGCAGGGAUAGGGAAGAAAGGCCAGGCCAAUGUCCAGAUGGCCCGCAUCCUGCAGUACCUAGAGUGUCCCCAGUACCUGCGCAAGUCUUUCUUCCCCCAGCACAAGGACCUGCAAUAUGCUGGACUGCUGAAUCCCCUGGACUGUUAUCACCAUUUGCGUAUUGAUGACGUCAGCACGUACCGGGAAGGCGUGGUCCUCAACAAACCAAUCCGAGAAGGGAGGGGGUCGUUCGUCAAUGUGGGGCUCUACAAGGAGGUGCAGAUUGAUAGACAGCUGAAGCCUGGAGUCCGAGUCACAGUCAAGUUGGCGCCACAAGAAGAAGACAGGAAACACGUGAGGGGAACCGUGGUGUCCCCCAGUAGUCCGCGGACCGAGGCCGGCCUGUACUGGGGCUACAGCGUCGUCUGGCCUUCCAGUCUCGGCCUUGAGUCUUCACCCGAGUGCCCUACAAACAGGGCUCACGAUGUCACCAUCGGCACGGAGUACACCUCAGAUGCUAUUGAUUCUGCUAUGCAUAAGCCUGUGUGUGUUUGUUACAGACAUGCUCUGGUGGUGUUUGGUGGAGUCCAUGGUCUAGAGGCGAGUCUGGAUGCUGACGAAGGGCUGAACGUGGACGACCCAAGCUUCCUCUUCCAACACUACCUCAACACCUGCCCUGACCAAGGAAGCCGCACCAUUCGGACAGAGGAAGCGGUCCUCAUCACAAUGUCCAGUCUUCGUCCGAAGUUUGUCGAGGCAGAUAUGAGAGGGAAACUUUCAUGACAAUGAUGAAGUGUCACAUUAAUCAUCAUCAUCAUUGUUUAGUCAUUGACAACACCAUCCAUUCAUGCACUACUUAUGGGUAGUACUGUACAAUGUGAGAACCCCGUUUAUGGUGAACCCGACAAUGCAUGAAUAUUGCUAAAAGCGGCGUAAAACUAAACUCACUCACUCAAUCAUUCAGUACUUUUUGUACAUUUUAAAGCAUAGCCAAAAGACAGCACUAGAAGUGUCCUCAAGUUGGAUUACUCCCAUGAGAGAGCUAAAGCCUGUUUAAAUUUGUGGUAAGAGAGAUUGUGACGUCACUUCUGAGCCAAACCAAUGUUUG